UGGCCUCCUCCGUUUCUCCGCUGGCGCUUGAAGACGAUAUUCGCAGCGACCGGGCGUGCUUCGAUGGGAUGGUCCUCGCCGCGCUGGCUUUUGGCGCCUUGGUGAUGCUGUACAUUCAACUCACGCAGGUGCUGCUGCGUCGACCCAAGCGAGGGCGUAUCUACUGGUUCAUCGUCGUGUACUCGACAAUCCUCUUCCCACUCUCCACCCUUGCCUUCAUCGGGAGAUUUAAAUUGGCCGAGCUGACAUAUGUGACGCACCGCGAUUUUUCCUCCGGUCCCAAAGGAUAUUAUGUUGCGAGUACCGGAAUGUGGCCGAAUGUGAUGGAGAGAGUCAGGUCGACAGUAAUACCCUGGGUCGGAGAUCUUUUGAUGCUUUACCGGCUCAUGGUCCUUUGGAAUUAUCAAUGGCUAUUGUUGGUAAUACCCGCCUGCCUCCAUCUCGCCAGGAUCGGCCUUUCUAUUCCCGUUCUUAUUUCCCAAACACGGACUACAUUGGAUCUUUCUCCUCGUUCUAUGCGACACGCAAUUGCUUUUUACUCUACUUCAAUGGCCCUUAACGUCAUCAUCACCUCCCUCAUUUGCCUACGCCUAUUCACGAUGCGGCAUCGCGCCGAGAGGGUCCUCGGAAAGCUUCAGGCGACGUUGUAUAAUUCUGCAAUCACGAUGUUCGUAGAGAGCGGAGGACUCUUCACCAUCUGGAGCGUGGUGUACCUCAUCACAAGAGUGCGGGACAGUUGGGUUCAGGACGUGUUCUCGCAGCCUUAUACGUAUAUCCUGGCAUUGACGAGAAUGCUUAUCAUCCUUCGGAUGGCCCAGGAUCGCGCCUGGACGAAGGAUAUUGUCACGGCCGCAGACACAGGGGUCCUCGACUGGCAAGUCUCCUCGACGAACAGCACGAGCAUCGCCCUCCGCAACGUCCCCAAUGCCAUGAGUCAGGAUGGCCAGCAGAAACUACCCAAAAUUUUCAGAGAAGACUCCAUCAGCUCCAAGAGUGUCAUCCAUUACACUACGGCUUGAA